AUGCGUCACAUUCUUAAAUUAUUAAGGCAACAGUUUUAUGACAAUUACAAAAAGAUGUCGAAGGCCACAUUAUGGAAUAACAUAUUAUCAGAUUCUCAAUUAGAAAAAUAUGGUUUAAUCCCUGAAGAAGUUUACAAAAAUACAACUUUAAGCACUGAUUCAUUUCAAACUCUUCAAUCCUUCAAAUUAUCACCGGAAAAUUCAUGUGAGCAUGAUCAACAUACAUCUAUAGAUAAUGCAUUAUUGAAGCCAAAUUCAGAUUAUGCAAAAAAAUGUACUCCGAAAGAAUAUUUAAAACGUUUCAUAUUUCCUAUACUUUUGCCUGCUAUGGAAGCAAUGCUUGAACAAGCAAAACGAAGUCGUUGUUUUGAGAAAAAACGUUUCGGAUUCAAUGGAUUGGAUUUUUUAACAUUUUAUUUAUAUAAAAAUAAUCUAUACAUAAAAGAAGAUUAUGAUCGUAAAAAUGUACAACACAUAUUAAAUAUACCAUGGGUUAUUGAAGAAUUGAAAAAGCAUCCACGUAAACCAUUACCACUUAGUUUACAAUGGACAGAUGAAGAAGCAGCAAUUAAAUUACAAUCAUAUUGGAGAGGUUAUUUGAUAAGAAAAAUUCCAGAAGUUUGUGAACUUCGACAAUGGCAAAUGGAAUGGAGAAAAUAUAAUCGAUUGAAAGCUAACCAAUUGGAGUAACUUAAUAUUAAAGACAAAAAUUUCCCAAAGUUUUUUCACAAAAAAGAAAAACAAACAAAAUACCCAGUUACAACGUCGAGUUGAUAAUUUGUAAUCAGUUCUUAAUUCAUUUAUGACCAGUUUUUUUAAAAAAAAAUACUGUGAAAAAUGCUAACUUCGUUCUAGAUAUCCCAAUCGCCUGGUUCAUAUACAAAUACACAUGUUUCCUAUACGCUGAAUCUUACUUGCUAUGAGAUUAAAGAGACUGGAAUGAAUAAAAGCCAUAAUCAUCUUUAUCCAGUAGUAUGCAUUAUUUAGCAUCUCUCAACCACUGCUUAACCCUGAGAUAGCAUCUGAUGGAGUCAAACAUUAAGCAAUGUGUGUAUAUUGUGACCUUAACAAACUAACGAAGAUAAUAAUAGAGUGACUAGCC